AUGGCAUCCGACGGGCGCGUGGAGCGGAUCGCGUCCAGCAUCCGCGCCAUCCCCAACUUCCCCAAGCCAGGGAUUUUGUUUCAGGACAUCACAACCUUGCUUCUCGAUCCGCAGGCAUUCCGUGACACCACUGACCUCUUUGUCGAGCGGUACAAGGACAAAGACAUAACUGUAGUUGCUGGUGUUGAAGCCAGAGGAUUCAUUUUUGGUCCUCCCAUUGCAUUAGCCAUAGGUGCAAAGUUUGUUCCAAUAAGGAAGCCGAAAAAAUUACCUGGUGAGGUGAUAUCGGAAGAAUAUUCUCUGGAAUAUGGCACUGACAAAAUUGAAAUGCACGUAGGAGCUGUGCAGCCCAAUGACCGAGUCCUUAUUGUGGAUGAUCUAAUUGCCACAGGGGGAACCCUUUGUGCCGCUGCCAAACUUAUUGAGCGUGUUGGAGCAAAGGUGGUUGAGUGUGCCUGUGUUAUUGAACUGCCAGAGUUGAAGGGCCGGGACAAGUUGGGGGACAUGCCAGUUUUUGUCCUAGUGCAGGCAGACGAGUCAGUAUGAAACAAGUUGUGACUCUUGAGUUGUUCCAAUGAUGUUUCCCUUCUGGAACUAUACUGGAAGCAGCAAAGAUAUCCGUUACAAUCUUAGCUAGUUCCUAUCUGGAGCUGCUCAAUAAAAGUUUCAUCUUUAAAUUUGUCCUUCUGGAACUGUUUGGGAAUGCAGACUUGAUUGUUGUUCCCUGUAAUAUGUGGCUUAUUUCUGUCAAAAACAGUGCAAAUUAUUCAUGUCAAUGAAGGAUAGUCUGUACUGAAGUUUGUUUC